GCGCAAGUCUCUUCCAGUCUUGGUCCAGGCAUGCAAUCUGGGGGUCCUCCCAACUCUCCAAGGGGAGUGCUGGCACUGCUGGCAUCCUCCAGGCUGUGGCGGCAGCACUCCUCCUCCGACCAACAGCCCGAAAUUGGCCCAGAUUGCACUCCAUCCCCAAUUCAAUUCCUCCCCCUCCACAGGCGAUUCCGCCGUGUCGCCUUAAUUUUAAUUCUGGCAGGGAGUGCGCAGCAAGGCACAUGGAUGUGAUGAAACCGACGUCGUCUCACUGGUUGGCCACCCACAGGGCUGGUCUAGCGG